AUGAGGGAAUUAGGAUUUGUUACCGUGGAUUUUGUUGUUUUUGCUCUUGUGAUGUUAGCCUCGAUUCUCAUUGGAACAUACUAUGCAGUAUCAGGUGGUAAAAACAAGACAUCUUUAGAAUUCCAUCUCGGAAAUAGACAGAUGAAGUUUUUGCCGAUUCUGAUCUCCCUGAUGGUGUCGAAUCAGUCCUCUAUAAUGAUGCUGGGAUACCCGGUAGAGACCUACUUAUUUGGCGGAGUUAUAUGGCUUCCCGUCCUAGGGUACAUCUUUGUAUUCCUUGCCUGUGUCCGCGUAGUAAUUCCUCUCUUUCAUCCAAUGAAGAUCACAAGUGUCAAUGAAUAUUUUGAAUUGAGAUAUGGAGCCGUGGCUGUCCGCCGAUUUGCAUCGAUUUGUGGAGCGAUGGUUGACACAAUGUACAGUGGUUUGGUGCUUUAUGGACCAGCCAUAGCUAUGGAGGGAGUGACUGGUGUGCCAUUUUGGGUGUCUGUCCUAUCCAUGGCUGUUUCAUCUAUCAUAUACACCUCUAUAGGAGGAAUCAAAGCUGUUGUUUGGACGGAUGUGUUUCAGUUCCUUAUCCUCUAUAUGGGAAUAUUUGCAGUGUUGUUCAAGGGGACUGUGCUGGUUGGCGGACUGGACAAGGUUUGGGACAUAAAUAAGACAACUGGACGUCUUCAACCUGUCAGUUUUGACAUUGAUCCAACGCGACAGUAUACGUUUUGGAGCCUAAUGAUUGGAUCAACGAUCAAGGCACUGGUCAUACCGUUUCGUCAGACGUCUGUUCAACGUGUGUGCUGUACAAAGAGCGAAAAAGAUGCUAAAUAUAUAUUUUACCUGGUCGGACCAGCCUUCGUGUUAACGAUGUCACUUGCCAUGGCUAUGGGUCUCGUGGCGUAUGCUUACUAUUACACAAUCAGAUGUGAUCCGAUACUGUCAAAGAAAAUCGUCUAUAACCAAUUGAUUCCAUAUAUGGUAUUGGAUAUAUUCCGGAAUGAACCGGGAAUGGCUGGACUAUUUAUGGCGUCACUGUUCUCCGCUUCAUUGAGUACUGUUUCCUCUAAUUUGUCUGGAUUGUCAGCCAUUACCUUAGAGGAUUUCAUUAAACCGAACUUCAAGAAGCUGUCUGAAACAAAGGCUGCAAUCAUUUCAAAAGUUACAGUUGUGUUGUAUGGCAUGUUGGCUACAGCCUUGGCCUUCUUGGUAGCAGAAAUGAAGGGAUCCCUCUAUCGGGUAGCUUUGAGCAUUAUGUCCGUAUUUACAGCACCUUUGCUAGGAAUUUUCCUUUAUUCCAUUUUCUUCCCGAGGGCAACUCAUAUGGGAUGUCUUAUUGGUGGAAUAGCUGGAAUGGCAAUAACGUUAUGGAUAUCGAUGGGACAGACCUUUUCCACUUCCCUACGGAGAGAGAAACCGCUACCAUUCGCACCCGUUGAUCGAUGUUUUCCAGUUAUAAACAAUACAUUCACAGACAUGAAUUUCACAACUCCCGGAAAUGUCUCCACUUCAUUUGACACACCUACAUCCGUUCCAGAUAUACUCAACGCUACAUUGGCACCACUUGUGACGAAUACCGGCCCACAAGGACUAGAUCGGUUUUAUGCAAUAUCCUUUUACUGGUUUGAUACCUUAGCCUUGAUUGUGUUCCUUGUGGUUGCAAUAGGAGUCAGCUAUAUAGUAGGAAGGCCCUCGUCAAGGGAGGUCAAUAUGAAGUAUGUGUUGUCCUUUUCUGAACAGUUUUUUCCCUGUCUGCCUGAAAAAGCUAGAAUCUUUCUUACCUGUGGUGUAGACAUUGAAAAGCGGAGACGAAAAUGCGCAUCAUAUGAGAACGGUGACGCACAGCAUGAACUGGCAGUGGGACUGAUACCAGAAUCUCCUACCUCCCCUGUAUCAGCGACGUCAGAAAGUAUAGGGUUCUCCUGA